AGGCGCCGUAGUAAAAGCUAUGGCGAUUUGCACCCGGCAUCAGUAUUUACACAUAUACAAGCCAGCUCUUCUACUAGCGUUGGACAAAUACUUUCAAGAGCCCUCGGUAGAAGUUCUUGCCUCGUUGUAUCAGGCCGUGAAUUCAAUGGAUUGUAGAUACAUGCCAGAAUUCAAUGCACACGAAAAAGCAAUAUUGAGAGCUUCGGAGAACAAAGAUAUGUUCGAAGAAAAAUUCAUACCAUACGAAAAUAGCAGGAAACAUAUUCGUGACAAUAGUGGCACUGGAAAUGAACAGCCAUCGAACGAAGGAUCUGGGAAAGUAUCAGGAAUAACUAGUGGGACUGAGGAGAAUCCAAAUAGCAUAUACAUGAAUAAUGACGAUUAUAUGCCAGUUAGCGAAGAGGAAAAAGAAAGGCUAGAAAGAGAAAGGUUGGCGAAUCUAAAAAAAGGAACCUAUAUUGACUUAAUGCCGAAUUUGAACAAAAACAAGGAUAGACAUUUUUUUGAGACAAAAAUUGUGUAUAAUGGGAUUAAAUUGCCAAUUAGAGUACCUCUAACGGUUAAUCCAGAAGAAGUUGGUGAUUUUUCUCUGAUAAAAUUAAUUACAACUUUCUCACCACCUUCACCCACACCUUUUAAUCAUGCAUUUCAUCCACAUCUGGAUUCUAGUGGAAAUCAAACUCAUCCUAUAAUUUUAUUACUCAAUGCAUUGCUUACUCAGAAGCGAAUAAUAUUCUUGGGACAAGGACAUCCAUCAGGAGAUGUUGCAAAUUAUGUUCUGUCGGCUUGUGCGAUGGGCAGUGGUAGUGGAGGAGUACUGAGAGGAUUUACGGAAAGAGCUUUUCCUUAUACCAAUUUAACCAAUGUUGAUGAUCUACUUAAGGUACCUGGAUUCAUUGCAGGGGUAACGAACCGAAUUUUUGAAGAUCACAGUUCAUGGUGGGAUGUUCUAUGCAACAUAGAUACUGGCAAAAUUACUGUCAGCAAAGAUAUUGCAACACCAUCAUACGGGACGAAGCCCGAUGACAAGUUAGAGGAAGGCACGAGAUCGCCUUCAUCAAGUAGAUCUGAAUCUUGGGGAAGGGAAAAAUGGGACACUACUGAUAAUGAAUUUAUGGCAGAG